AUGGAGAAGUGUCUUCAAUGCAAGAAAGUGGUUAAAGCAAAACAACAUGCUCUGUGCUGUGACGGCUGUGGGGGAUGGCAACACAGACUCUGCAAUACAGGAUUCCUUCAGAAAGACAUUUCUUGUGAUGGACAGCGGCAUCUGAUUUUUGCAACUACGGAACAACUUGAUGUCUUAGCCAAUUUACAGACAUGGUACGUCGACGGCACUUUUAAAGUUGUCAGGAGCCCAUUUGCCCAGUUAUUUUCAAUCCAUGGGUUCCUUGGUGACCAACAGAAACAGAAACAAGUACCACUAGCCUUUGUUCUUAUGAGUCGACGACAGACUGCUGAUUAUGUCGCUGUUUUCACAGCCCUAAUGACAAUCCUACCAAGACGUGCGGCAGUCCAGACAAUUGUUGCGGAUUUUGAGCGAGCUACAUGGGCGGCUGCAAGAGAAACAAUCCGAGGGGUUACCGUUGAGGGAUGCCAUUUCCACUGGUCGCAGGCUAUAUGGAGGAAAGUACAGGAAGUUGGUUUGCAAGUCCCAUACAAUGAAGAUCGACACAUCCACAAGACUGUGAGGUGUCUUUUGUCAUUGCCCUUCCUGCCAGAAGCCGAGGUAAAGGACGCCUUUCUGUACAUUCAAGACCAAGCUCAGGAUGAUGACCGCCUACUCUCACUUCUGUCUUACGUUAACAGGAAUUGGGUGGAAAGCAACGUAUUCCCCAUCCCUUCUUGGAAUGUCUACAGAAAAGAAACGAGAACGAACAAUGACUGUGAGGGAUGGCAUAGGAGACUCAACCACAACGCUAAAGAAUCCACGCCCCCAAUGUAUCUCCUCAUCCCAAUCCUGCACAGCGAGGCAGAGAAGCUACCCCUUCAGAAACAAAUGGUGGAAGAGGGAAGUCUCCACAGACUACAGCGCAGAGAUGUCCGAGAGCGCCAGAGAUUAUAUGAAGACCUGUGGGAACAGUACGAGGCUGGAAUGUUUACAGGGUUGGAGCUGCUUGUGCAACUUUCCAGAGUGUGUGGCCCAAGUCGCCUCUAG